AUGGACACAGCCACCUCCUUUGGAUGUGCCUCUUCAGGCCCCGAUCCACUCUGGAGGUACCUUACAGAGCACGAUCCAAAGUAUGAAGGGAAGAAGAAACUCAAGAUCUCAGGCAGAGAGCUGGCGUCGGUUCCUGUGCAGGUCUUUGGCUUGGACCAGCUGCAGGUCCUGGAGAUGAGCCCGGAACGAGAGAGCUGCCUGAGGUACCGGAUGGAGCUGCUGCCCCGAGAGAUCAGCCACCUGAGGAACCUAACCUGCCUCUAUGUGGACUCCAACAACUUAAAGAAAAUCCCUGCUGAAAUUGGCGCUUUGAGUCACUUGGAGAGGCUCACUCUGAGCAACAACCGCCUGAGCUCGCUGCCUCCAGAAAUGGGGGCACUUCAAAGGCUGCACAGCCUCCACCUGGCCAACAACAGCCUCACCGAACUGCCUGCACCCCUCUGCCAGCUGAGGAGCCUCACCUUUCUAGAUGUGAGCGACAACAAAAUAGGCACAAUCCCCUCCAGCAUUCGGCAUCUGGAGAAACUGGAAACGUUGCUGUUGCUCUUCAACUCACUGGAGAGUCUGCCUGAGGAUGUCUGUCUUCUGAGGAAUCUGCACACCCUUUGGUUGGGAAACAACCAUCUACGGUCCCUUCCAGCAAGCUUUGGGGAGCUGGUGAACCUGGACUGGGGAUACAGUUACUGUUCAUGCAACUUUGACGGGAAUCCGCUGGAAAGCCCUCCCCCUGAAGUCUGCAGCAGAGGCCCUGACGAGAUCAGAGACUAUUUCUUGUCAUUUCGUAGGACUCAGAGAGACUAG